GUAAAUAAAUACCGUCGAGGGAAGUUAUAAUUAAUUAUCAUAACAGCUGGAUGGCUUCAUCACCUGUCUGUCAGCAUUUAUGAAACAGUCCGCAUGCUCUUACAUCGAUAACCGUUGAGUUCCGCUUCGGGAGGAACCGCUACGUUUGGUUGACUGCAUCCGCAGCCCAUCCGGGGUAAGGAGGAAGACAUAAAAAGAAGAUGUCCUUCUUCAAUUUUCGGAAGAUCUUCAAGUUGGGACCCGAUAAAAAGAAGAAGCAGUACGAGCACGUACACAGAGAUGUCAACCCAGAAGAGAUCUGGGAUAUUAUAGGGGAGCUGGGAGAUGGCGCUUUUGGGAAAGUGUUCAAGGCGCAGAACAAGCUGAAUGGGACCCUCGCAGCUGCUAAGGUCAUUGACACAAAGACAGAAGAUGAACUGGAGGAUUACAUGGUGGAGAUCGACAUUUUGGCCUCCUGCAACCACCAUCACAUUGUCAAGCUGCUGGAUGCUUUCUACUUUGAAGGCAAACUUUGGAUUCUGAUUGAGUUCUGCGCCGGUGGUGCUGUUGAUGCCAUCAUGCUGGAACUUGAAAGACCUUUGACUGAGCCUCAGAUACGAGUGGUGUGUAAGCAGACGCUGGAGGCCUUGGUUUACCUCCACGAGAAUAAGAUCAUCCACAGAGACUUGAAAGCUGGAAACAUUCUCCUCUCCUUGGAUGGAGAUGUAAAACUAGCUGAUUUUGGGGUGUCUGCUAAAAAUAACAACACAUUACAGAGAAGAGAUUCUUUCAUUGGCACUCCAUAUUGGAUGGCACCAGAGGUGGUGAUGUGUGAAACUUCCAAAGACCGUCCGUAUGACUACAAGGCCGACAUUUGGUCCCUCGGGGUAACUCUCAUAGAGCUGGCACAGAUUGAACCACCCAACCACGAGAUGAAUCCCAUGAGAGUGUUACUGAAAAUAGCCAAGUCCGAGCCACCCACGCUCAUGCAACCCUCUCGCUGGUCUCCAGAAUUUAAUGACUUUUUGAGGAGAGCUCUAGACAAGAAUGUGGACAAUAGAUGGAAUGCAGUCCUGCUUCUGCAGCAUCCUUUUGUGACAAGUGUAACUGAUAGCAGACCUGUCAGAGAACUCAUCGCUGAGGCCAAAGCGGAAGUCACAGAAGAGCUUGAAGAUAGCAAAGAGGAAGAAGAGGAGGAUGAACCCGAUACACCUGUGGCAGCUCCUGGGCACAAACGAGCUCCAUCAGAUGUCAGUGUGGCCAGCUCGGAGGAAGACAAAGCCCCACCGACCCCCUCCAACCUUGAGUCUGUUACAGAAAAGGCAGAAGCUGAGCCUGUUAACGACCAAACCAGCGAUAAGCUCUCUGAUGAGGGACUUGGAACAAGUGAAACCGAUAAGAACGAAGAGGAGAAACUCAAUGAAGUGUCUGAUGCCAGUAAUGAAGAUCUGACCUCUGGACUAAUGGAGACCAGUAACAAUUUUACCUCACAAGACUCAUCCAGUGCUAAACUAGAAGGAGCUCAAACUGAAGAUGUUUCUGUUGAGCCUGCAGUGUCUGAAACGAAAGAAACUGUAGAAGAACCUCAAACAGAUGGUAAAGAAAUGGAGAGAGGACAGAAGGAGACGGAGGAAAACAAAACGGAAGUGGAAAAUACCCAAAUAAUAGAACAAAAACAGCCACAACAGGUUAAAGAAAAAGGUGUAAUGGUAUCUGUAGAAUCACAAAGCAAGCCUGAGGAGGCAUCAACACAAACUGCAUCUGAAUCACAGGAAGUCACGCAGGCUGACAAAGUGUGUGACGAAUCAGAAGAGGAGAUAUCAACACAUGAAUUGACAGAGGCCAGAACAGAAGACAGUGUCACAGCUAAAAAUGGAAACGCAGAGAAUUUAGUUUUAAAUGAAAUGGACACAAUUAUAAAUGGAGUCGCAGACACAAAGAGCAGUGUGGUGGAGACCUCCACAGAAUCCGAAUUAGAAAACAAGACCACAGAAAGUCAGUCUGAGAAGUCUGCCUCUGAAGAGGCAGAGCAGCCUACACAAGAGAAUCGGGCAGGAAAGGAGCGUGAACUUCAAGAACAAGCACAGAAUGAAUCCAGCAUAGUCAAUGAUGAGGUCAGAGAUGAGUCUAAGGUUUCUGACCAAACAGCUGCAUCUAAAGAUGAUUGGGAGAAAUCAGCUCAAGCUGAUGAAAUCACAUCACAGGUUGCCACAUCUGUUCAAGAAGCUGAUUCAGAAACCAAGAUGGAGCCUGGAAGCCCCGCUGUAGUCAAGUCAGAUGUGGAGAAAGACUCUGACUCUGGAAGCAGCUCUGCUGCUGACAGCAGCAGCCUUGACCUCAAUCUGUCCAUCUCCAGCUUCCUGUCCAAGAGCAAAGAAGGAGGCUCCAUAUCUAUGCAGGAGUCAAGACGUCAGAAGAAGACCCUGAAGAAGACGCGCAAGUUUAUGGUAGAUGGUGUGGAGGUCAGUGUGACGACGUCAAAGAUAGUGACAGAUAACGACACCAAGAGUGAGGAGAUGAGGUUCCUGAGGCGGCAGGAGUUAAGAGAGCUGCGCCUUCUUCAAAAAGAGGAGCACAGAGCCCAACAGCAGCUGAGCAACAAGCUGCAGCAGCAAAGAGAGCAGAUCUACCGGCGCUUUGAACAGGAAACUACUACAAAGAAACGUCAAUAUGACCAAGAGGUGGAGAACCUUGAGAAGAAGCAGAAACAGACGAUUGAGCGACUGGAACAGGAUCACACCAGCCGGCUCCGAGACGAAGCCAAACGCAUCAAAGCGGAUCAAGACAAAGAACUGUCCAAGUUCCAAAACAUGCUGAAGAGCAGGAAGAAGGAGGCCAUUCAGGAAGUUGGACAGUCACCUAAACACACGAGACAAGAGCUCAUGAAACGGUUAAAAGAAGACCUGUCGCUCCUUAAGACUGCAGAGGAGCAGGAGUUUCUACAGAAACAGCAACAAGAGCUGGAUGGAGCUCUGAAGAAAAUUAUCCAGCAGCAUAAACUGGAGAUAGCCACCAUCGAGAGAGACUGCCUCAACCACAAACAGCAGUUGAUGAGAGCUCGGGAGGCAGCGAUGUGGGAGUUGGAGGAGCGCCACCUGCAGGAGAAGCACCAGCAGCUGAAGCAGCAGCUGAAGGACCAGUACUUCAUGCAGAGACAUCAGCUGUUAAAGCGGCAUGAAAAGGAAAUGGAGCAGAUGCAGCGCUACAACCAGCGUUUGAUAGAGGAGCUGAAGAACAAACAAACUCAAGAGAGAGUUCGCCUGCCCAAGAUCCAACGCAGCGAUGCCAAGACGCGCAUGGCCAUGUACAAGAAGAGCCUCCGCAUCACCGCCACAGCAGCCAUCACUCCGGACCAGGAGAGGGAACGGAUAAAACAGUUUGCUUCACAAGAGGACAAAAGGCAGAAGAACGAGAGACUCCAUCAGCACCAGAAACACGAGAACCAGAUGAGAGAUCUGCAGCUGCAGUGCGACUCGAACAUCAGGGAGCUGCAGCAGCUGCAGAAUGAGAAGUGCCACCUUUUGGUCGAGCAUGAGACCCAGAAGCUGAAGGAGCUGGAUGAGGAGCACAGCCAGGAGAUGAAGGAGUGGAGAGAAAAGCUAAGACCCAGGAAGAAGGCUUUAGAGGAAGAGUUCACGCGGAAGCUCCAGGAGCAGGAAGUCUUCUUCAAAAUGAGUGGUGAAUCUGAAUGCCUUAACCCCACCACCCAAAGUCGAGUGUCCAAGUUUUACCCCAUCCCAAACCUGCAGAACUCUGGUUUAUAGCCUCAUACGUCCAAGUUCUACAAAUCUGUCAAACAAGUCCGUGCUCACUGCAUUUUCCUGGUAAAACCUUUUAUUUAUAUUACUGAUCAACAUGAAAAUGUAAUUCCUUUUGAUUUGAUUGUUUGAGAGCAUGAUGUGCCUACACACGGUUCCCUCACUCGAUAAGGUUUUCUCAGCUUUCUGAGAAAUAUCUCACGAUUUUUGCACUUUUCGAGCAUGUUGAGAUUGGGAGUUAAAGUCCGUCAUGCUCGUCAGAUGAACGUAAGCACAGCCUGCAACAGUAUGAAUAAUCUC